AUGUUGUUGGCUUCAUUGCGGCGGCCUCUAGCUGCAGCUGCAGAAGAUGUCAGCGACCUGGACUACGUUCUGAAGAUUCUGCACUGGUCGGGCACGAUGCGCAACCCGCACGCUGGUCCCUGGGCCAGUCGAGUCUACUACCUGAUCAACGCGUUGUCGAUGGUGGCGCUGCUGCUGUUCAACUGCUCCCAGGCUGUCCUGCUUUGGCGCGACGGAGCGACAGACCUCGAGAGGUUCACCCUUACGCUGUCCGUCUUCAACACGACAGCCUUCUUCACGAUCCGCCUCGGGCACAUUGCGCUACGGGAGCCCAAGUUCCACAGGCUUGCUCUGCAGAAAUACCGUGUACGUGUGGUGACGGCGCCUGACUGUUCCAAGGUGCGGCGCGACUUUGACCAGUUCCUGAGCGCGGACGACUUGCGGCUGCUUCGCCUCAGGAACCGCUCCAUGCGCCGCGUGCUGUCGGCUUACCAGUGGUCGCUGGUGGUCACCGCCUUCGUGUACUCCACAGUCCCCGUCAACGCCAACGGUCUGCCGUUCGUCAUGGCGCUGCCGUACGACGUCACACAGCCGCUCGCCUUCGCUGCCACUUGGCUGUUCGGCGUCUACAUCGUCUUCUGCGUGCACAUAGGGACCAUGGCUGCCGACUCCUUCAGCGUCACCCUAAUCCUUCAGCUGCACAACCAGCUGGAUGUGCUAGGCAGAAACCUUCGCAGCCUAAACGUCAGCCUCUCACAGUCGAAAUUUUCUUCGUCUCAGACUUAUUCUAUGAAAAAUAAGCAGCAUUUAGAACAUGUAAACCACGACAUUCACUGUCGACUCCAACAGAGCGUCCUUCGUCAUCAAGCUAUCAUAAGGAACGUCGAGCUUCUGGAAGAGUGUUUAGGCGGGAUGUUACUGGGACAGAGCCUCUCCAUUGGGACGUCUUUCUGCAUGCAGUUGUUUCAGGCCGCAAAGCGGGCUAAGGGCGUGCAAGAACUUAGUAAGACCUGCAGCUACCUGCUCACAGCAUUUUCAAUGCUCUUUGUGUACUGCUGGUUUGGGGACGAUCUCAUUUCGGAGAGCGAAAAGCUGGCGCUUUCGGCAUACGACGCGGCGACUUCCCUACAGGAAUGCCCGACGUCCACCAAACGAUCGCUGAUGCUUCUGAUGCUCAGAGCCCAGCGGCCGUUACGCAUUACUGCUGGUGGCUUCUUCGCUCUCUCCAGAGAGUCCUUCGUGGCGAUUUUGAAUGCAUCAUAUUCAUACUUCGGCAUUCUUCGUAAUUUCAAGGACGAUUAG